AGUCUGGUUUCACCCGCGUUUUUAUCGGUGCUGCGGUUAGAGCUGGCUCAGAGCCCCGGAACUCUGCCUUCCUCCCUAUCUCCUAACCCCUCAUCUUUCACGAGGGACCCGGGGUUUCCUCUUGUCUCCCGAAAACCAGAGCCCGAGAGCUCCCAUUCUUUGGGGCGGGAGUGCCCUCUAGAGGGAAGGAGAGUGACGGCGCCGUUGGAGAAAGAGGGCAGGGCCGAGAGGACCAGCCAAUGAGCAGUGAGCCGCCUGCAUCCUGACGUGUCCUGCUGAGAUAGCGCGGGAUCCACAGAAAAGCAGCAAAGAUUCUUGGAGCUGAAAGGGACCAUAGAGAUCCUUGAAUUCAGCCUCCUGGGCCCAAGCUGAGAAUCCCCACCAUCAGGAACUCGAGCAGGUUGUGGAGCAGUUCCGGGAAGAGACUCGAGUCAGACGGACUCGGGACCGCCAUCCACACUCUCCUCUUUGGUGUCCUGGGACCACGAGAGGAUGCUGCCAUGGUUUCUUGUCUUCUCUGCUCUGGGUCUUGGGGCCUGGGGGGAUUUCCCACAGAUCUCCUGGAAUGAAACCAAAGCCAGGAACUUGUCAGAGGAGCUUCUGGAUCUGUUUGCCAGAAUCUCCAGGCUCACUCAAAAGGGUCGCAAUGAUUCUUCCAUCAUUGUGCCCCGCAAGGAGUGGGAGGCGAGACCUCUCACCUGCACGGCCCAGCUGACCCUGCCUGUGGUCUACGUCAUCACGGAGCAGCUCACGGGGUUGGAGUGCCAGGAGGAGGACACUUGCAGGCAGAGGCUGCGGGACCUACAGUCCCAUUCUGUCCACACCAAAGGCUGGUGCGACGUGGCAUUCAACUUCCUGGUUGGGGAGGACGGCAGGGUGUACGAAGGUGUUGGCUGGAAUGUCCAAGGCUUGCACACCCAAGGCUACAACAAUGUCUCCCUUGGCAUCGCUUUCUUUGGCAACACAAUAGGUAGUGAUCCCAGCCCUGCUGCCUUGUCAGCUGCAGAAGGCCUGAUCUCCUAUGCCAUCCAGAAGGGUUGCCUGUCACCCAGGUACAUUCGGCCACUUCUCUUGAAAGCUUGUCCCAACAUCAUCACACGGUCUUCUUGGGAAGCCAGAGAGACACACUGCCCUAAAAUGAACCUCCCAGCCAAAUACGUUGUUAUCAUCCACACUGCUGGGACAAGCUGCAACAUAUCCAUGGACUGCCAGGUGCGCGUCCGCGAUAUCCAGUCCUAUCACAUGGACACACAGAACUUCUGCGACAUUGGAUAUCACUUCCUGGUAGGCCUGGAUGGCGGUGUAUAUGAAGGAGUUGGCUGGCACGUCCAAGGCUCUCACACCUACGGGUACAACGAUAUUGCCCUAGGAAUUGCCUUCAUAGGCAAUUUUGUAGAAAAACCACCGAAUGCUGCAGCGCUGGAGGCAGCCCAGAACCUGAUCCAGUGUGCCGUGAACGAGGGGUACCUGAUGCCCAACUACCUUCUGGUGGGACAUAGUGAUCUCAGCAGCACCCUGUCCCCGGGGCAGGCUUUGUACAACAUCAUCAGAACCUGGCCUCAUUUCAAACACUGAGGGAGGGAGGCCCCUGCUGCUGCUGACACUGCCGCCUCCCCCCGACUGCCAGGGCUCCUCUGUCCUCGCCCCACGCCCUGGCUCAGCUCCCUGCUGGUCUCCUCUCCCCUGCCAGCCCCAUCCUGUCCCUCCUUCCUGAGGGCACUGUGAUCCCGUCCUGUCCUGCUCACAUCCUCCGGUGGCUCCCACACCCCGUAGCCCUCUGAGCCGGGGCCAGGCCUUCCUCUCUCCUCAUCUUCCUCUCCCCUGGGCACCCACCUCUUACCCCAGGUGAGACCAGGGGCUGGUCCCCAUUUAACUUCUCUUUCCCUCUUUACUUGCCCCUACCCUGUUGUCUGCCUGGCAGCCCCCAACCCUCACAAGUGACCCAGAUCCAUGACACCUCUUGGAGGAAACGCCCCCAGUGCCCUCCUCCCUGCUCACAUAUGUACAAAUUAGGCCACAGUCCUUAUUUAAAGGGCUGAAAUUAUUUAUAUAGUGUCUGUUCUCUUUCCUGGUUGGAGAGUGUCGAGGGUAGGUACUGGAUGUAUUCAUCUCUGCAUCAUCAGGACCUCGGCAGUGUCUGGAAUGUAGUACAUGCUAUAGAUGUUGAAGAAAUGAGUGAUUAAAUGAAUGAGUGGCCUCAAGUGCUGGCUCACCUUUCAAAUUUGCUCCACCACGCCAUCUUUGGGGAAGCCUUCCUGGUCCCCUGCACCCGGCAGCGUUCUCUCUGUUCCUGUGCCCUCCCAGUCUGAGGCUGGGAGCUGGCUCUGGAGCUGUCUGCAGGGGGGCUGUGCCUCUUGGGUCUGUCUCCCCGUCCUCCCAGAGCUCCCCGAGGGCAGGACCCUGAGCUCCUCUGAGCUCCUCUGCCCAGAAGGAAGCUGCAUCCUUUCAGACACAGAGAUGCUGUUUGCUGGAAGAGGACAGCUGGUUCCUGUUUCCCCCAGUCCUGAUUGGAAACAAAGGAAGGAAGAAAGAGGGGAGGGAUAUG